CACUAUUUAGACAAUUUACAACAUGGCGACUUUCAAUCGACUUUUCUGCACGCUCGGGCGUAAAGUCGGUUCCUAUGAGUUUUCCUCCAUUGGUAAAACAACACUCCUGCGUACUUAUAAAACAGAAAGCAACAUAUCAAAGCCAUCAUACCCUGCUAACUCAAAUGGAAAGCCAGUAUUUCACCAUGAUCACAUGUGUUUUAAUGUUGCUCAAGUUCGUCACAUGUCAAAUAAAAACUUCUUUCAAACAGUCAUUGAUAAUAUUAAACAAGAGAUGAAGAAAAACAAAGAUAUCAAGGAAAAUAUAGCAAAGUUUAAAGAAGAAACGCAGAAGUUGGAGGAAUCUGAAGCACUUAAGCAAGCUAGAAAAAAAUUUGAAAGUAUAGAGGAAGAAACUCUCAAAAGCUCAACAGCUAUUAGAAAGACUCUAGGAGACAUAAAAGAGAAAGUAUCUGAGACUGUUGAGGAAGCCCAGAAAAAGGAGUUUGUUAAAAAAGGAAUAGAUACCGCUAGAAAAGGUCUGGACACAGCGUCAAAAGCUGCUGAAAGUAUUCAGAAAUCUGGUAUUGCUUUGGGUCAGACAGAAGCUUUCAAGCAGAUCUCUCAGGGUGUGAAGACAGCCAAACAAGAGUUUGAUGAGAUCACGCUAAGCAGAGCCAAACAUUAUAGAACACCAGAAGUUCUAAUGAAGAGAUCAGAAUUGUCUAUGAAACCCCGUGAUGAUAAAGAUGUAGCUGCAGAUGAGUAUUCAACUGGUAUGGUGCUUCACAAAGAUUCAAAGUUUUUUCAGAGUUGGCAGAAUUUCAAAGAUAACAAUCCUUAUGUUAACAAAUUAUUUGAUCUUAAAGCUAAAUAUGAUGAAAGUGAUCAUGUUAUGGUUAGAGCCACACGAUUCUUUGCAGACAAAGUAGGACAAGUAUUUGGUGGAGUCUUUACCAAAACAGAAAUGUCAGAGGUUUUAACAGAAAUUUGCAAAAUAGAUCCCAAUUUUAAUAAAGAGCAAUUUUUAAGGCUGUGUGAAAAAGAAAUUAUACCAAACAUUUUGGAGGCAAUGGUUAGAGGUGACUUGGAGAUAUUAAAGGAUUGGUGCUUUGAAGCACCUUAUAAUACAUUAGCGCAUCCAAUUGAACAAGCCAAGAAAGCUGGAUACGUGUUUGACUCCAAAGUUUUGGAUGUUAGUCAAGCCGAUGUUAUAGCUGGUAAAAUCAUGGAACAAGGUCCAGUGCUGGUAAUCAAUUUUAAUGCACAACAAAUCAUGGUGGUGAGAGAUAGUAAAGGCAAAGUCAUUGAAGGAGAUCCAGAUAAAAUUUUAAGGAUACUGUAUGUUUGGGCAUUGUGUAGAGACCAAGAAGAAUUGAACCCCAGAGCAGCCUGGAAACUAUUGGACAUAUCUGCUAGUUCCUCAGAACAAUGGUUGUAGUUGGUUCAUGUGUUAGGUGUAAAUACUUAAGUUUAUCAACAUUUGCUUAGGUGUAAAUACUUAAGUUUAUCAACAUUUGCAUACAUUCAAUUUUGUGUAGUAUUUCACUUGCAAGACCUACAGACUUGUUGGAUACCAUUAAUGUGACUGAUAUGUUGAAAUAAGAUUAAAUAUUAGUAGUCUUUGCUAGUAGAACAUAUUGUGUGAGAGAAAUUCAACUUAAAAGUGUGUGUGUAUAAGCGCAGUCAAAUGCAAUGAUUUGUUGAAUAUAAAUCUUCCACAAUGUUUUGUACAUUAACAGAUGGAAAUUGUGUUUGUAAUAUAAUAAGUUUAUACGCUUUUAAAUUAUCACAAUGUGGUGAACCUCUUUAAAAAAACAAAGAAAA